UAGUAAAGAAAAACAAAAGCUAUGGGAGCGUGUAGUAGAAAUAUGGAAUGAAAUUGGAUUUGAUGCAAUAAAUAAGUUGUAUGAGUCAAUGCCUAAAAGAAUUGUAGCUGUAAUAGAAGCUGAAGGUGGUUAUACAAAUUAUUAA